UCUGGUUUUAGUACUUCUGUAACUUGAAUAUUUAAUAUUAUUUAAGGAUUAGAAUCUGUGAAAAUACUAUUUUGAUUUUCUAUUCAACUAUUCAAAAUCGAAUUUAUUUAAGCAAAUUAAUAUGAAUAAAAAAAAAAAUAUGGCAAUUGAUUUCCAAGAUAAUAUGAUACUGUUAACUAGGAAAUAUUUAAAGCGUAAAAUUAUGUGUCCUGAAACAAAGUUCAGACAUUAUGUUAAAGAAAGAAUGCACAUAUUAGAAUUGUUAAAAAGAACAGUAGAUAUGGGUGAAAGUAAUUCUGUUUUAUUAAUUGGACCUAGGGGUAGUGGAAAAACAACACUAAUAAAUAGUGUUUUAAAAGAAUUGUCAUAUGUGAAAAGUUUUAAAGAAAAUGCAUUAAUAGUAAAUCUUAAUGGUCUUGUUCACACUGAUGAUCGAUUAGCUUUAAAGGAUGCUACACGUCAAAUGCAAUUAGAAAAUGUUGUUGAUGGUAAAGUUUUUGGCACAUUUGCUGAAAAUUUAUCUUUUCUUCUUGAUUGUUUGAAAUCAGGUGAUAAGAAGUCUUCCAAACCAGUUAUUUUCAUAUUAGAUGAGUUUGAUUUAUUUUGUGAACAUCAUAAUCAAACUCUGUUAUAUAAUCUAUUUGAUAUUGCUCAAUCUGCACAAGCACCAAUAUGUGUAAUAGGAAUGACUUGUAGAUUAGAUGUUAUAGAACUCUUAGAAAAAAGAGUUAAAUCAAGAUUUUCUCAUCGGCAAAUAUUUUUAUUCCCUGGAGAUAUGUCAUUGUCAGAACAACCAUCAUCCGCUUUUGAUGAUCGUUUAGAACUUUUUCAACAUCUUUUAAGUCUUCCUGAUGAUGAAAAUGUAAAUAGGAUAGAGCAUCAAUAUGAUGAUUGUAUAAUAGAACCACAAUUUGGGUCUGUAUGGAAUGAUUAUAUAAAAAGUUUAGUUAGUAAUGUUACUAUGGUGAAUCUAUUAAAAAAAAUGUAUCAAAUUGAUGUAAGUGAAAGAAGUUUUAGAAAUUUUCUGGCAAUAACUGUUUCUUCAUUAUCAGAGAAACAUCAAAGACUAGAAAUAAAUGAUUUUAUAGAAGCAAGUAAAAUGUUUUCUCAAGAUGACAAAGUAUUAAUGCUUGAAGGAUUAUCUGUAUUAGAAAUGUGUUUAAUAAUAUCAAUGAAACAUGAAACAGAAAUUUAUGAUGGAGAGCCAUUUAAUUUUGAAGCAAUUUAUAAUCGUUAUAUUAAAUUUGCUAAUCAAAAUUCUUCUAUACAAACUGUUCAAAAGCCUGUUAUUAUGAAAGCAUUUGAACAUAUUAAGAAUUUAGAAUUUAUACUGCCAGUGAGUGGCAUGAAUUCAAAAGUUGAAAAAGAAUAUCAAUAUUAUAAAUUUUUACUCACUUCACAACAAGUUAUGGAAGCUGUAAAAAAUUAUUCUGGAUUACCAACAGAAGUAUCACAAUGGGCAGUAAUUAAUAUGUAAUUAUAAUAGAUUCAUAAAAUUACAGGUGCUAAGAAGUUUUAUAUUUGUAAUAUCAUUCAUGCAAUCUUAG